AUGCCUCACAAACACAAGAGACGCGGCGAAGCCGAUUCAGAGCACUUCAAUCUCCCACCCUCAGAGAUCGCAAAAGCACUUCCAGUCCGCGAUACAGCCAAGCCCAAGCUAGGCAAGAACGGCAAAAAACUCGCGAACAAGAAAGACCAAAACCAGAGCGCCAAUAAAGCACCCACCCACCGCCUCAAGAAUGUCACCGAAGACGACACCCCGAAAGCGUUCCGCCGCCUAAUGCUAUACCAGCAGACAGGUCGACGAGCUCCCUCAGGACUAGAGACUGGCGAGCGGAAGCGCAAGCGCAAUGCCACAGACGACGAAACAACGUCAUCAAAGAAGUCCGCACCGGCAGCGGAGACGCAAAAAACUAAAGCCGCUGCUAAGGAGAAGGCCGAAACGCCCAAGAUCAUGCCUGGCGAGCGUCUGGCUGAGUUUGUGGCGCGCGUUGACCGCGAAAUGCCAUUGUCGCAGAUGACCAAGAGUGUCAAGUCUGGCGAUGCCAAGAACAAGGAGCAGCACAAGCGGACGAAGCAUGAGAAGCAUCUGCUGCGACUGCAGAAGGGGUGGCGUGAGGAUGAUGCGAAGAUUCGGGAGAAAGAGCAGGAGGAGCGAGAAGAGCGGGAGUUUGAGAUGGAGGAUGAGUUGCGCCAGUGGAAGGAAUGGGAGAUUGAGGCUGCUGGAGGGAAGAAGAAGGCUGCGAAGAAAAACAAGAAGAAGGGAUCAAAUGCUAAUGGGGGUUAUGACAGCGGGGACGAUGAUCCUGAUCCUUGGGCGAAGCUGAAGAAGCGUGACCAGGAACGGAAGAAGAAUCCAUUGGAGGUUGCUCAGGCGCCGCCUCAAUUGGUUAAACCCAGGGAGAUCUUUAAGGUGCGCGGCGGAGCUAAGGUUGAUGUUGCCAAUAUCCCUGCUGCGGUUGGAAGUUUGAGACGCCGUGAGGAGUUGGCUGGUGAGCGGAGGAAUAUUGUUGAGGAAUAUCGGAAGUUGAUGGCUGCCAAGCGCCAGUAG